AUGACUUCUCUCACUCUUGUAUUGGCUUUCAUGUCUCUGAGCUUGCCUUUUCAAGUAUGGGCUGACCCCUACGUCUCCCCAUACCCACAAGGGCCAGUCCACCCUCGUCCUCCCAAGCACCAUCCUCCUCCUCCACCGCCAAUUUCCGUGCCACCUCCACCGGUGCCUUACUCUCCUUCGCCUUCUCCUUCUCCAUCACCAAGCCCUCCAUAUACACCUCCUCCUCCACCAACGCCUAACUCUCCUCCGCCACUUUCUCCAUUGCCUCCGCCUCCAGUGCACCCCACUCCUCCUCCUCCUCCUUCCCCUACCCAUCCCCUGUCUAUCCGCCACCCCAUAGCCCCUCACCACCUCCUCCUUACUACUAUUAGAUAG